AUGACAAGGACGGGAGCAGAAGCAGCGCCAGAAGUUGAUCAGGAUGUGCAGGAAGCAGACACAACGAUACAGACAGCAGACUCGGAGGCGGAGGCGGACACCACACAGCACGCGGACAAUUCUGACGACGUAGAUUGGGACUUUUGGGGAAGAGUCAUGAACAACUAUCAAGAAGUCGCUCACGAGAACCCUCGCGAACUCAGCAGAGCUAUCCAGAUCGGCAUACCCUCACAGCUUCGUGGUCUCUGUUGGCAGCUCCUCAGUGCAAGCAAAGAUCCCGAGCUCGAGCUCAUAUAUGCGUGGUAUAUCCGCCAGAAGACUUCUCCACACGAGAAGCAGAUCAAGAAGGACCUCAAUCGUACCUUUCCCGAGCAGGAGUAUUUCAAAGACGGCAGAGUUGGGCAAGAGAAUCUGUACAAUGUCGUAAAGGCCUACUCUUUGUACGACGAGGAAGUAGGAUAUGUUCAAGGCAUGGCCUUCAUCGUCGGCCCGCUGCUACUCAAUAUGCCAGAUGAGGAAGCAUUCUCCACUCUUGCGAGGCUCAUGAAAUCGUACGGUUUGCGCAGUCACUUCACACCGAAUAUGCCAGGUCUGCAGCUGCGUCUCUUCCAAUUCGAUCGUCUCUUGGAAGAUCUGUUACCACUCCUGCAUCGCCACCUCACACGCCAAGGCGUCAAGACGAGCCACUAUGCAACACAAUGGUUCAUGACCCUCUUCUCGUAUCGCUUCCCGCUUGAGUUUGUAUACCGUGUACUGGACAGCGUCUUUGCAGAGGGCAUCGAAGCCAUCUUCCGCUUCGCCGUGGGACUGAUGUCCGGUGCUGAAGAGGAUUUGCUCAAGCUCAACUUCGAACAGGCGCCGGCGUACCUCAAGAACACGCAGAUCUUCGACCGAUACAAGUCCGAGGCUGCUACUGGCAGUGAGGUCGAGACGUACGAUGUGGAUCGCUUUGCACGCCAAGCAUAUGCAGUACAGAUCCAUUCCAGCUCCCUCGAUGGGUAUGCUGCCGAAUUCGAAGAGAGUGUCAAGGCUGCCACUGCGCACAGGAGGGAGCUAGAGGCCGCGCGGAUCGUCAAUAGGAACUUGGCGGCAAAGGUUGCAGAGCUUGAGGAUCAGCUGGAGAAGAUUCAGGGGGAACAUGUUGAACUAGUCAAGGAUGCAGUACUGAGUAAAGUGGCCAAGGAGGAGACGGAAGAAGAGUUGAUCCGCUACAAGAUGCUCUAUGCGGAGCUGGUCCUACAGACCGACCAAGCCGGGUCGAACGAGAAUAUGAGACUGUCACAACAGUCCUCGCUGCGGUCGCCGUCUACGAGACCCUCGACGGGGAAUGCGAGCAAUGGAGGUUUGAGCGUCUGA